GCUAAGAUGCAAAAAAUUCCUACUCUCGGAUUUGAAUUAUCUGCCAAUCUAUAUAUUAAAGGAAGAUAAUAAAAAUUGAUAAAUACAAGAAAGAAAGGGACACAACUUAAAAUAAUACAAUAAUAGACAAUCACAAGUCUCUUAAUAAUUGUAUAUUAGAGAAAAAAUAUCGUAAUCUUUUUCAAGGAAUAUCUCGAUGAAUUUGAAGCCAAAAAAAAAGUUUUACUUAAAAUGUUAAAUGUCCUGAUGGUGUUGCUGAACCUGUACCUGAUUAUCACCCCUUUGGCCAUAAAGCCCAGACUUAAGUACGUCAACCUGGCCACUGGUCUAUUUGGUGGAAGCCUAUGUGACCUUUAUUUACAGGAGAUGGUCACUUCCGGGUUAUGGUGAGUUAUUUGACACUUUUCUAAUAAGAUGUAUCUUUUGCUUUUCAUUCUUAGUAAAAUAUUCUCUGAAGAGAUCAUCCUAUCCAUAUUUUUUUUAUUUAAAAAUUUUUUUUUUGUUGCUUUUAUGAUUAACAUUUUUUUUAAAGAAAAAAAUGGAACGAUUUUUAACAUAUGUAACUAAAGGAAACAUGGAACGAAAACACUGCCUUGUGAUGUAGUUGGUAUUAGUGCCACCAUGGGACGGGCCAAUAUGUUUUCCGCUCUCCCUUUCAUGAUACAAACUCGGCAGUUGUCCGAAAGUGCAACGCCUCCAUAUGAAGUAACAUGGAGCCUGGGGGGGGGGACAAACCCCUCCGUCCCACUUUCCACGCCACUGGCAGAGGCGUAGCUAGAGUAUUUAUUGCCAGGAGACAAGAUUCAUUUUUACACCCCCACCCACCCCUUUUUUUCUUCAUCUCUGAAACCCAUUAUCUUCAUCAAUUAAAUACUAUUAAAGUCCACGUGAUGCCUCCCUCUCCCCCCCCCUGCUAGUCGGGCGUCCGGGGACACUUUUCCUGUCUUCCCCCCCUCUAGCUACUCCUCUGGCCACUGCCACCCCCCAUGAAAAAAAAUCAGACGGUUGCAGGUUCAAUGCCCGCCAUGGCCAGCCAAUUUUAACAUUUUUUUUUGGAAACAUGACCGCAACCAUUACACAACUGCAAUUCAUUAUUUACCAGAUCCCAUGUUUGUCACCUCCAGCCUGAUACGUCAUUUGGAAAACGUCAAAUCUGUAGAUAGCAGUUAUAACAUUGGAAAACAAAAAUUCAUUGCAUCACCAAUUAGAACGUGACUUUUCUGUAUGGAUACGAGUUAUUAUAAUAAUUAUCAUAAUUAGUAUUUUUUAUUAUUAGACUAACGUGUUCUAUGUACCAAACCAAUGCCAAACCUCCAUUGUUAUGUUUGAGCAUGCACACAACAUCAUCAAUUUGGCCGGAACGUUGAUUUUUAUUUUUUUAUUUUUUUUUUUUGGUUUUAUUUACACACGUGACAUUUUAAGACGUCUGGGUCAACCGAGGCGGGGUGACACCGUCACUUAAAUUAUUCGUGGUUGUGCGAACGGGGUUGGGGGGGGGGGGGUUAAGAUCGGAUUAACUUUUUGUUUUGUUGAUAUGCCUUGGUAAAGAGUUAAGUCCCUUUAACCGGUAAUUUGGUAGCAUUCGAUUUUUAAAACCGUAAAUAAUUCUACUUUUGUCGAUACUUCAAAGAUUACAAUUUUAAUACGAUAAAGCCCAGGCCUGCACAACAUACGCUCCCCCCUCCCCCCCUCCCCUGGGGCCACAUGCGGCCCCCCACUUGACCGCCGCGAAGCAACGAAAUAUUCUUUAUUAUUAUUUUUAUUUUCUUAACAACCUUCGCUCCUGUACUAUUACCUUUCGGCACGCACAAGGUUUUCAUUAAAAAAAUUAACGGCCCACCUUAAAUUUUUGAGUUGUGCAGGCCUGCUAUAAAGUAGGGGAAAAAAUGCUUUUAAGAAAUUUUAAAUUAUUUUCUACUUUUUUUCUGCGUUUAAACUCGUCUUUUAGAGAAAUUCUUUUUUUUUUUUUUUUUUUUUUUUUUUUUUUUUUUUUUAAAAAUUUUUUUUUUUUAUUUUUCCGUUUUUUCAUGUUUUUUUUGUUUUUUUUUUUUUUUUUUUUUUUUUUUUUUUUUGUUUUUUUUUAAAAUUUUUUUUUUUUUUUUUUUUUUUUUUUUUAGUUCUUUUAAAAAAUUUUUUUUUUAAAUUUCCCGUCUGCUCAAGUUCUUGUUGUAGUUGUUUUUAAAUGCGUCGUGCGUGUGUGUGUAAUGUCAUGACCCGUGAGCCGAGUUGCUGUCUUGUGUCUACAUGCGAGGUGUGUGUCUGGUGUGUGACAGUCAGAACCGGUACGUCUCCCAGCAAUCGGAAGUGUGAUGCAGUCGUAAUCGCGUGCGCACAUGGAAAGUUUUGUGACACAAGACCACGUUCGUUUGACACACUGAGCGCGCAUUGUAUUUAUUGAUUAACAUGGGGGUCUGUACUUAGGACUUCAACAUUUAUUGAUUAACAUGGGGUCUGUACUUAGGACUUCAACAUUUAUUGAUUAACAUGGGGUCUGUACUUAGGACUUCAACACAAAAUAAAAUACCCUGGAACCCCGCUAUAACGCGGAACCCCGCUACAACGCGAUAAUCGGCGUUCAAAAAUAGGUUCGAUUUUUUUUUUUUUUAUUUUUUUUUUUAAGGCUUGUUUCAAGGAGCAUUUAUAAAGUGGGCGGAGGAGGGUGUAUUUAAUAAACAAACAAGCAACAGUUUUUUUUUUUUUUUUUUUUUGAAAACAUUAAUGCCCUUAAAUCCAAUCAGGAGCUUAUGCGGAGCUUAAAAGAAGCCAACACAUAAUCAAAUUUUUACCGUUGCCCAAAUAUAUGGAUUAAAAAAAACAAAAAACUUCAACAUACUGAAAUCGCCUGUGUCUUUAAACGUGUUCUAUUUACCUUUUGAGAAUUUGAGAAUUAAAAUUAUUUUUUUUUAAUCAUCACCGGUGAAACGUCCAGGUCCAGGUCGCGAAACGGCGACGUUGAAAUGGUGGGAGCGGAUGAUGGGGGGGGGGCGAAGUGGUGGGGGAGAAUGUCAUAGUUCCACGGUACCAGAACGGCGACCAGGCGUCGCGGGGUAAGUACCACCUGGCGGGCCGGAUCUGGCCCGAGGGCCUUAGUCUUGAGGACCCGUGUAUCAGGCUUGACGCUAAAUUUGCUGGCCUAGAAACUGAGAUCAGGUCGGUGGCAUAAGGAUGCCCGUGUAGGAUGACAACCAAUGGCAGCAAUGAUUAAGUGUGACGCAGUUUGACCACAGAGGGUACCUCUCUCCUCUUCCGUUACUCUAAACAAAUAUUUCUAUCAGUUGGAUUUUUAAACUGCCUACGUCCAUCCAUUUGGAUUUUUUUUUUAGCAGACAGAAAGCAAGUAUCCAUUUAUUUUAUGCUUGAGUUUUAUGAACGCAAUUUUCCAUUUUUAAAAAAAAAAUACUUGGGUAUUAUGAACGCAAGUUUCCAUUUACUUUCAGAGUUAAUGAAGUUCGGUGCAAUAAACUUUCUCUAAGAUUUGUAGCUUUGAGGAUAACGUUUUUCCUCGAAAAUCUGUAGCUAAAUAUAAAAAGGCAUUUGAUGCGCAUUACAGGAAAUAACUUUAUUCUCAGUUUUCUGUCUGUGGCCUGAAGUUGUUGUUUUUUUUCCAACCAGGUUUGGUUCGCUGUUCAUGCAUUGGAUUAUUCUUGGACUGUUUGAGAUUUUUUUAAAAACGAGUUUGCUGUUGUGAACUUGGUUAAAAGUUAUUCAGUUCUUCAGGAAGUGACUAAAUAUUUGUAUAGCUUUCUAGAGCUUCUACUUAUCAAUGGUGUAUUCUUGAGCCAAGCUCCCAAAACUGUAUUAAAGGUAUUUUCACAUAUUUUCCAAAAGUUAUUUAGAUUAAUUGAUCAGUCUCUAACUUUGUUUCAAUUUUUUUUUUAAAUCUUCUUUCAGAUGAAGGGACAUGACUCCAAUGUUCAAAUUGACACAGACAAAGUUCAGAUGAAAAGGGAGAUGGGUUUGGUUAGUGCUACGAGUGUUGUGAUUGGUUCAGUUAUAGGUGAGUGAUUGGUUCAGUUAUAGGUGAGUGAUUGGUUAAAUUAUAAGUGAGUGAUUGGUUAAAUUAUAACUGAGUGAUUGGUUUAAUUUUAGGUGAGUGAUUGGUUCAAUUAUAGGUGAAGGAUUGGUUCAAUUAUAGGUGAGUGAUUGGUUAAAUUACAGGUGAGUGAUCGGUUCAGUUAUAGGCGAGUGAUUGGUUAAAUUAUAAGUGAGUGAUUGGUUAAAUUAUAACUGAGUGAUUGGUUUAAUUUUAGGUGAGUGAUUGGUUCAAUUAUAGGUGAAGGAUUGGUUCAAUUAUAGGUGAGUGAUUGGUUCAAUUAUAGGUGAGUGAUUGGUUAAAUUAUAGUGAGUGAUUGGUUCAAUUAUAGGUGAGUGAUUGUUUCAAUUAUACAUUAAAGUAGUGUUGGAACUCACCCAAAAGCUACCCUUGCUGCAACCGAAAUAAAUUUGUAUUUAUUUCUAAGAAAGAGAGAGAGAGAGAGAAUAGGCUCACCAUUCCUAUGAGUUCCUGCAGGACUGGAGCCCUGAUUGUUAAAGCCGAUUACCGGUUUCAAAUCGGAUUUCUAAAAGCCGAUGACCGUUUUGCUGGUUAUACAACGAUAGUAACAUGGUUCUUUUCAAACUACUUGAGCUCUAACGGCAUUGGGUACAAUCUGUGAAAUUCACCCUUUGUAAAUAUAUACAUAAUCCUAAAAGUAAUCUGAUCAUCCAUAAUUUUUUAUAUAUGCAAAAAAAUACUUAAUCUUCAUUAUGGUAUCAAUAUAUGCACAUGUAUAUAUAACUUUUUUUUUACCAACAUCCAGCCCUUUGGUUUUUUUUUCCUUUUGUGUGCCUUUUCAGGGGCUGGUAUAUUUAUUACACCAAAGGGCGUGCUACAGAACACUGGGUCCAUUGGUUUGUGUCUGCUUGUCUGGCUGUUGGCAGGAGUUUCUGCCCUUGGAAGUAAGUCCCUUUUUAAAACAUUUUGAUUACCUGUUUUUGUUCAAACUUUGUUUCUUACAAUGUCGGCUGGUUAUUUGUGGAAAUAUGAUGUAAAUUUGUGGAUGGAGAUAAUGUGGAUUGAGAGUGCUGGAGACAUCAUAUCUUGUCCUUUUUUUUUUUACCUUUGGUUUACCUUUGUUUUCUUUACAAUCUAACAUGGCCAUUUUUAUUCCUACGUCUCAAUACUACGUCACUGACCAACGACUCAGGCGCCCUCUGCUACUCCGAGCUCGGCACAACGAUCCAAAAGUCCGGAGGGGGGUACACCUACAUCAAGAAGGGGCUAGGGAACCACAUGGCCUUUGUUUAUGCAUUACAGGUCAGAGGUCGCAUAAUGCGUUCCCCGUUGUUACAACAAGACUUGUGUCUAAAGUUAAGUCACAUAUUUGUUGAGAUCUAAAGUAAUCAAAAGCCUUUGCCCCUCUCCCAAUUCAUGCCUGAUUAGAGGCUUUUAGAGGAUAUGAAUUAUUUCUAAAAAUCACGUCGCUUGUUUCAGUUCUCAGAAAAGUUUAUGUUUAAUGGAAACACGAAAAAGGGCAAAUGAAAAGGAACCACUAUUUAAUUAGGCAACAGAUAUUUACUGUAGGACUCUGUAACUCUUAAAACUAUUAACAUAAUUCAUUUCUCGAUGCCCGAAAAAGGCAGUCGUGCGUGGUCCGGGAUCUCUGGUGGUCAUGCUGCUGACAUUCGCCAAGUACAUGGUGGUCAUCUUCCCCACAUGUGGCAGGCCUCUGUUGCUGGAGAAGCUGAUUGCAGUGACAGCCUUAUGUACGUCCGCUGUCUACAGGAGAAGAACGUAUUGUGCUCUUAAACUAAAGCCGCGUCACAAGCUUUAGUGUAUGGAUGUGUGUUUUGGAAUGAUGCGCUCGCAGGAAGUGUUAAAAUAAAGUUUUUAAAAUAAAAUGUUAGAAAGAAUUGUUAGAAAAAACUGUUAGAAUGAAGUGUUGGGAUGGAAUAUUGUAGUAAAGCUUAAUCAUAAUCUUAUAUUCGUUUAUUGCCUCUUUAAAUUGUCCGCUAGUUGAAUUGUUUUGUAAAGAAAAAAAAAUCGGCUAUCGUGACCUGUUCCCCCCAGUCAGCCUCGUUAUCAUCAACACGUACAGUUCACGCCUGGCGUCACGAGUUACCGUGAUCACAACCAUAGGAAAGACGUCUGCACUUGUCGUCAUCAUCAUCGGCGGCAUCGUCUCUCUUUGUCAAGGUGGGACAGCGCGAUCACAUUAUAAUCAUCAAUAUUACUCAUUUCUUGUAAAGUUUCAUGGCUGACCAAAUCUUUUUAAAGAUACCAUCGGGUUUUCUUAUCCUUAACGCUUUGAAUAUCUGAGUGCACAAUUACAGCAAUCAUACGGACGUCAUAACUAUUUUAGUGAUCCAUUUGGGAACAGGAAGAUUCAUGCAUGAACAAUAAUUAUUUUUGUUUUCUUUCUGAAGACGGAAGUUCCUCGAUACUUCCGGGCCUCAACGGGAUGAUAGUUCCGUGGCUUAGGCCGUGGUUACAUUACUCCCGUAUUUCACCGACAUCCAAGACUGACAUUCAAGACUGAUCGUUUAGUAGUGAAAUUUGUCUGACAUUGUGGUAACAUUGCAACCGAUCGCAUCAGAAUCGUUAUUUUACAAAACAAAAACAAAAAAACAAAAAAAAGGCCUUCACAUUUUGUGAAAAAUUUACUUUGUAGUAGUAAUUUUUUCUCCUACAAAUUACAAUUUUUUUUUUUUUUACGGCAGUCUUGCAUGUCGGUGAAAUACGGAAUCAGUGUAUCCACAGCCUAAUGUCGGUGCUCCUUUUGCACCAAUCUAAUUGCUGUUAACUUCUUCUCUAAGUUUUUAAACUAUUUUAUUGGGUAAUGACUAAUGGACAGGUUAACAUCUAGAUAAGGAAAUCGUUAAUGAUAAAAAGCAACAACAUGUCAUUACCAUUACAGGCGUGACUAGCGAACUUGGGACCGGAUUCUCUGGGUCAAGUGACGACCCCACAUCUAUAGCCUUGGCCUUGUACAGCGCCAUCUUUGCCACCGGAGGAGGGUGAAUAGUGAACGGAGUAUUUUUAAAAAUAAAUUUUUAAUAUCUAUCUUCAAAAAGGGCUUAAGAUCCCUCCCUUUUAAUUCGUGGCUUUUUUUAACACAUAUUUCCUGCACACAGCCCACGAAGAAAUAAAGCAUCAAUGGACUACAUUAGUUCAAUGGCAACAAAACAACUCGUCACAAACACAAUGAAUGCCUGACACAACAAAAUGUCACAUCACACGAUGAAUGCCUGACACAACAUGUCACAAAUAUGAUGAAUGCCUGACACAACAUGUCACAAAUAUGAUGAAUGCCUGACACAACAUGUCACAAAUAUGAUGAAUGCCUGACACAACAUGUCACAAAUAUGAUGAAUGCUUGACACAACAUGUCACAAAUAUGAUGAAUGCCUGACACAACAUGUCACAAAUAUAAUGAAUGCCUGACACAACAUAUCACAAAUAUGAUGAAUGCCUGACACAACAUGUCACAAAUAUGAUGAAUGCUUGACACAACAUGUCACAAAUAUGAUGAAUGCCUGACACAACAUGUCACAAAUAUGAUGAAUGUCUGAAACAAAAUUCGUCUAAAAAAAAUACUUCAUCAUUUCUCUCAUAGACUUUAAUCUAUAAUUUCUCUUACAGGGCCAAUCUGAAUUCAAUCGUAGAGGAGAUCAGGAACCCUGGCAAGUAUGUACCAGCAAGUAAAACAUUUACCUGGCCAACUAGGAGACUUGACAAACUAUUGAAAUCACGUUUCAAAAAUUGAUCAGAAUCACUUUUUAAGUAGAAAAUGUGUAAUUUCCAAGAAAAUAAAAGUCAAUUUAUAAAUUAUAUCAAUGUCAGUCUUACCUUCAAGGUGCGUAACGGAAACAAAAUGAAUAUUGAUGUAUUUAAGUUGCGUCACUUGAUUAAAAAUGUUAUACAAUUAAAUAUAAUUUUGAUGAAGCACGAACACGUCAGAAUCUUUCAAUCGAAUAACCACAAAACUUUGAUUGACAAAAUCUGCAGUGUUACGAUUAGCAUACGAGAAAAACAACAGACACUAUGUAAAUCAGUGGUUCUCAAAAUCUAAUAAUCCGGUGGCUGCAGGAGGUAGAGUCCGAGUGAGACUGGGCCGCAUCAAGUAUUCCACAAAAAUGCGAAAACAAAUUCAAUAAAGUACUUAAGGCUUCACUUUCUUCCUCAUACUCCUUGUUGCCAGAGAUCUGGCAGCACUUAUUCUUACUCAGAUUAUCAACAUUUGGCUUGAGUGAGGAAGCGGUUAAGAAGACCCUCAGUAUAAAUUGAAGAUGGUUAUCAGUGCGGCACAUGAUCCGCUUGAACCUCCUAGAAAUCUCAGGGAAGGUGUAGGGAAAUGCCUUCUUGAACCACCUGGAAAUCUCAGGGAAGGUGUAGGGACAUGCUCUCUUGAACCACCUGGAAAUCUCAGGGAAGGUGUAAGGAAAUGCCCUCUUGAAUUGUACAUACGGGUUUGUUUUUCCCUUCACCUUACUGACCUUGGCCUUGGGUUCAGAAUUGCUCUGAGGAUCAGCUCCAUUUCAAGAGCCUUCCACUUUAAAGGAGAAAGUGUCAGCAAAAUUGGGAAAAGUGGCUCUGUGUGUCUUGAAAUCUGCAAACACCUGAUCCUAUUCUUCCUGUAGCUUUGCAAUGGCAGCAGUAUACUUACUUCUGAAUGGCGUGCGUGUGCCCGAGUCCAUGAGUGCUCUGCAUGUUGGGAAAUGGUUCUCUCAGGACCAUAACACAAGUUUGUGCAGAAUGCCCUGACAUUGUCACAGGCAACACCGACAAGCUACCCUGGUCUUGUAAUUUCUUGUUGAGUAUAAUACAGUCAGCCCCUGAGUGUCAACAAGAUAAUCCAAGUCCAUGAGCCAUUUGGGAUCACAUAGUACAGGAAAAACCACCUCAUCCUUCUCCAUGAAAACUUUAAAGACCUGUUCAAACAGUAGGCAGGAACAGGCAAUAUAAAUAUAAAUUAUUGAUGUGAAGGAAGAUGCUGUUGUAGGGAGAAAGUAAUUUUGAUUUUUGUAUCGUAGAAAAAUCCUUUUGACUAACCGUAUUUGGAAAGUGAUCAAACUAACAGGCUCAGAAUUUCCCUCACUUGUAAAAACUAGCGCCAAUUUUUAUAGAGAUUCUUGAGACUGUGUCAGAUUGCUACGAUUUACACAAUUAUGGUUGUGCAUUACACACUAACUGAAUUUUGAAACUUUUCUCAAAGCCGCACUUUGGCCAUGAUUGUCUCAUAAAAUACUGUCCAAAAAAAUUAGUCCGAUUUUAAAAGGGUUAUUAACAUUAUAAUCAACGUCCAAAUCUAUAAAAACAUAACACAAAUCAAAAGUAGACUAGUCGGUGAGAUUCGACUGAGCCCGUCGCGGAGAGUCACAUGAUAGGUAUGAGAAUGGGGAAAACGCGGUGGCCGCAUUGACACUAAACUUUGCUGUCAGGUAUCGGACCGCAAAAUAUCGUUUUGCGGUCAACAAAUGGCCCGCGUGCCGCGAGUUUGAGAUCCCUGAAUGUAAAUUUAAGUGUCAUAAAGUCACAAUUGAGAUUAUUUUGAAGAGCUAAAUUCAAUGCAGCAGUGAAAGCGCUAAGAUAAUACUAAGAAAAACUAACUAAUGCUUAAUGUUAACUUGUAAACAUUUAUCCCAAGGGAUCAAUUUUUGUCCCCACAAGCAUCAGUAUCAAAUAUUUAUACUUCAAAUCUACUACAAGAAAAUCUUUAUUUCAUUAUCAAAUUUUUAUACUUCAGAUCUCCUACAAUAAAGUCUUUAUUUCCUUAUCAAAUAUUUAUACUUCAGAUCUCCUAUAAUAAAGUCUUUAUUUCAUUAUCAAAUAUUUAUACUUCACAUCUACUACAAUAAAGUCUUUAUUUCAUUAUCAAAUAUUUAUACUACGGAUCUUCUUCAAUAAAGUCUUUAUUUCAUUAUCAAAUAUUUAUACUACAGAUCUGCUACAAUAAAGUGUUUAUUUUAUGAUAAAUUUCAAACGGACUUUUAUACCUUAAAAAAAAAACAUGGCUAAACAAAUUUGACCAAUAUCAUUUCUUGAAACAUCAAGACUUCUUGUUUCGAAACAUAAAAAAACAACAACCAAUGUUUGCACUUUAAAAAGUUAUAUCUGAAUAAUAAUUCUCUGUCAACUACACGUUUUAAAAUACGUAUUGCAAGAGCAACUACACAUUUUAAAAUACGUAUUGCGAGAGCAACUACAUAUUUUAAAAUACGUAUUGCGAGAGCAACUACACAUUUUAAAAUACGUAUUGCGAGAGCAACUACACAUUUUAAGAUACGUAUUGCGAGAGCAACUACACAUUUUAAAAUACGUAUUGCGAGAGCAACUACACAUUUUAAAAUACGUAUUGCGAGAGCAACUACACAUUUUAAAAUACGUAUUGCGAGAGCAACUACACAUUUUAAGAUACGUAUUGCGAGAGCAACUACACAUUUAAGAUACGUAUUGCAAGAGCCAGUGCAACUUAUGGCAGAUUGUCUAAGAAUGUAUGGACCAGGCGAGGUCUCAGUGAAACGUGUGGCAAAGUGUGUAAGAAAGUAUGGACCAGGCGAGGUCUCAGUGUGACAAAGUGUGGCAGAAAGUAUGGACCAGGCGAGGUCUCAGUGUGGCAAAGUGUGUCAGAAAGUAUUCCCAAAUUGUAGAAAUUGAACGAAUCUUUGAACACGGAUUCUUCCACGGAAAGAAUGAAUUCAACCCUUAAUAACUUAACGAUUUUUCCACCAUCAGGAACUUGCCUCGGGCGGCCAUCUUUGGCAUUCUGCUCGUGAUAGUUGUGUACAUACUGACCAACGUCUCGUACCUGGCUGUCAUGACAAAGAGUGAGCUACUCAGCGCAGACGCCGUAGCGUUCGUGAGUUCUAAAUUGUUUACAAAAUCUUUUAAGGCGUACAACCUCGGGGUUGCUUUAAAAAAUUUUUUACAGGUUGAUUUUUUUUGUCUGAAUUAAGGUUGCUACUAUGAGGUUCAAUCACAAAACAACUCUUCCGUGAGUCACAGCCAUUUUUUUUUCUUCAAAUCUUGCGCACCGCUUUACAAAAAUGAUUCGUGUAGCAAAAUUUAGGAUUCUUAAAUGUGCGUCACUCGAGAUCAUAUUUUAUCAAGUAACUUUAGUGGAUGGGAAGUUCACGUACUGCCGUCGCCACUGUUUGGCGGGCUGUAUCUAGAAUGUAAUAUUCUUUUAUAUCAGAGAUUCUUAACAUUUUUGCACCGCUGCACAUCCAUCCACUUCACCCAACAUUUUUCUUGUUUUCAAAACCAUAUUUACCCGUCUUCUUGUCUUCUGUGCCUUCCCAUCGACACCGCUUCCAAACUCACACGGGGUGCCGUUAGGAGCUCCUACCUCAAAUCUUUUAUGUUCUUUGGGUGUUGGUUUUAGGAUUCCUUUACCGAUAGUCUUAAAAUACGCCAUGAAAACAUUCGCGUUACAUUACAACAUUCCCGUUAUAUUACAACAUUCCCAUUGCAAUGCAACAUGUCCGUUUUAUUACAACAUUCCCAUUAUAUCAUAACAUUCCCGUUUUAUUACAACAUUCUUGUCAUUUUUAAACCUUCAUUUACAUCAGAACAUGUCCAUUUUAUUACAACAUUCCCGUUAUAUUACAACAUUCCCGUUAUAUUACAACAUUCCAUUACAUUACAACAUGUUCGUUUUUACAACAUUGCCGUUACAUUACAAGAUUCAAAUUAUAUUACAAUAUUCCAGUAAUAUUACAACAUUCCUAUUACAUUACAACAUGUCUUUUUUACUACAACAUGUCUGUUAUAUUACAACAUUCCUCUUAUAAUACAACAUUCCCGUUUUCUUACAACAUUCUCCUUACAUUACAACAUUCCUGUUUAUUACAACAUUCCCUUUAUAAAACAAUAUUUCUAUUAUAUUAAAACAUUCAAGUUACACUAAUUACAACAUUACCGUUACACGAUAGCUUUCCUUUAAAGUAUAACUUUACUAUGACAUUAUAAUAUUCCUAUUUUAUUAUAAAAUGCCUGUUACAUUAUAAUAUUUUCGUUACACAUUUCCGGAGGAAAAAUAAUGUCGUCUUUUAUUGUUAUUAUCGCUUUCGUUGCAUUAUUAAAUCGUUAAUUAAACAAUGUUGGAGAUUGAAGAAAAUAUAAUAAGUGUGUUAUAAUCUAUUUGCCUAUAUACAUAUAUUAUGAAAGUAAUUUGUCAAUGAACAUUUGCCACGGGAAGUAAGUCUCUGCUGCAUCAACAGGUGUUUGGUGAACGCGUGUUGGGUAGUUACGCCACUUUGAUACCCUUAGCCGUUAUGGUGUCAACAUUUGGGUCAGCCAACAACAACAUCCUCUCUGGUACCAGGUAAAGGCGUUGUUCUAAGAGUUAUGCUGAUGUAAGCGCUGUAUGUGUAAGUGUAAGUUAUGUUGAUGUAAGCGCUGUAUGUGUAAGUGUAAGUUAUGCUGAUGUAAGCGAUGUAUGUGUAAGUGUAAGUUAUGUUGAUGUAAGCGCUGUAUGUGUAAGUGUAAGUUAUGUUGAUGUAAGCGAUGUAUGUGUAAGUGUAAGUUAUGUUGUUGUAAGCGAUGUAUGUGUAAAUGUAAGUAAUGUUGAUGAAGGCGAUGUAUGUGUAAGUGUAAGUUAUGUUGAUGUAAGCGAUGUAUGUGUAAGUGUAAGUUAUGUUGACGUAGGCGAUGUAUGUGUAAGUGUAAGUUAUGUUGAUGUAAGCGAUACUUUGGUUAGUUUAAUUUCUGUCUGUUCGUGUAAGAGAUUUCUAGCAUUAAUUCCUUUGUAACAAUAAAACCCAGAUUAUUGCAUUAUAUUUUUUUUUUAUUUUCCUUCCUUAGAGUUACCUUCUCAGCAGCAAGGGACGGUAAUUUGCCAGAUUUUUUUUCUUAUAUACAUGUUCAUCACUUAACGCCCUUGGGAGCCAUGACUGUCACGGUAAGUGUACUGAAAAAUGUUGCAUUGGGAGCCAUGACUGUCACGGUAAGUGCUCUAGCAAACUUUGCCCUGGGAGCCAUGACUGUCACGGUAAGUGUACUGACAAACUUUGCCCUGGGAGCCAUGACUGUCACGGUAAGUGUACUGACAAACUUUGCCCUGGGAGCCAUGACUGUCACGGUAAGUGUACUGACAAACUUUACCUUGGGAGCCAUGACUCUCACGGUAAUUGCACUGACAAACUUUGCCUUUAGAAACAUGACUGUCACGGUAAUUGCACUGACAAACUUUGCCUUUAGAAACAUGACUGUCACGGUAAGUGCACUGACAAACUUUGCAUUGGGAGCCAUGACCAUAAUGAUAAGUGUACUGACAAAUUUGCCCUUGGGAGCCAUGACUGUCACGGUAAGUGUACUGACAAACUUUGCAUUGGGAGCCAUGACCGUAAUGAUAAGUGCACUGACAAAUUUGCCCUGGGAGCCAUGACUGUCACGGUAAGUGUACUGACAAACUUUGCCUUGAGCGCCAUGACUGUCACGGUAAGUGCACUGACAAACUUUGCCUUCAGAGCCAUGACUCUCACGGUAAUUGCACUGACAAACUUUGCCUUGAGAAACAUGACUGUCACUAUAAGUGCACUGACAAACUUUGCAAGCAGGUAAUAAAACUCUUUAAUUCGCAAUUUCGGAGAAUUUUAUUUUAGGUUUCAAUGCAUUUUAUCUUGUUGUCAAGGUCUAAAGGUAAAACUAGACAAAACCAGGGGAAUGAAUUAUGUCAGACAAGUCUCCAAAAUGUCUGUUCUGAUUUCAUUCUACUCAUUGGGUCCCGGUUAUAUAAAUAAAUAUUAUAUAAUACUAUAUAAUUAUAUAUAUAUUCACCCAGACGGCAGUUGCCUUGAUCUACAUAGCGCCAGCAGAGGUUGGCCAACUCAUCAGCUUUCUCGGGUUCGUUAUGGCUUUCUUCAACGGCUGCAUCUACUUCUCACUCAUCCGUUUCAGACUGCAGACCAUGAAAGAUGUCAAGAGGAUCAUAAAGGUAAUUCUGUUUUCUUUAAAGAAUAUCGUUCUUCAUAAUUUUAUGGGUAUUAUUAUUUAUUUUUUUAAAAAGAAAUGCAAGAGAAGCCAUUUUUUUUUUAGUAACCAAGUUAGUACAAGAAUCUGUCAUCGAUGCUUGCUCAAGAAGUGUCAUAUAAAUGAUCGUCCUGUGAAAAAAAAAUCAUUUAUCAUUGAAAUUAUCAGACACUUUUGGGUCCAUGUGUUUACAAGCCCUAGAGAUGGGAUCAGGAAAAAGGUUAUUUAUUGAAGCAAGUACAAUAAGUUUUCAUUGGCCAUUGCUCAAGAUAUGUUUUACGGAAUGUUUAAGGGUGGUCUUAUGAUGUGUGAUGGUGGUCUUAUGAUGUGUGAGGGUCGUCUUAUGAUGUGUGAGGGUGCUCUUAUGAUGUGUGAUGGUGGUCUUAUGAUGUGUGAGGGUGGUCUUAUGAUGUGUGAGUGUGGUCUUAUGAUGUGUGAGGGUGGUCUUAUGAUGUGUGAUGGUGGUCUUAUGAUGUGUGAUGGUGGUCUUAUGAUGUGUGAUGGUGGUCUUAUGAUGUGUGAUGGUGGUCUUAUGAUGUGUGAGGGUGGUCUUAUGAUGUGUGAGGGUGGUCUUAUGAUGUGUGAUGGUGGUCUUAUGAUGUGUGAUGGUGGUCUUAUGAUGUGUGAUGGUGGUCUUAUGAUGUGUGAUGGUGGUCUUAUGAUGUGUGAUGGUGGUCUUAUGAUGUGUGAGGGUGGUCUUAUGAUGUGUGAGGGUGGUCUUAUGAUGUGUGAGGGUGGUCUUAUGAUGUGUGAGGGUGGUCUUAUGAUGUGUGAGGGUGGUCUUAUGAUGUGUGAUGGUGGUCUUAUGAUGUGUGAGGGUGGUCUUAUGAUGUGUGAUGGUGGUCUUAUGAUGUGUGAUGGUGGUCUUAUGAUGUGUGAGGGUGGUCUUAUGAUGUGUGAGGGUGGUCUUAUGAUGUGUGAUGGUGGUCUUAUGAUGUGUGAGGGUGGUCUUAUGAUGUGUGAGGGUGGUCUUAUGAUGUGUGAGGGUGGUCUUAUGAUGUGUGAUGGUGGUCUUAUGAUGGAUGAGGGUGGUCUUAUGAUGUAUGAGGGUGGUCUUAUGAUGUGUGAGGGUGGUCUUAUGAUGUAUGAGGGUGGUCUUAUGACGUAUGUUACAAUUAUUACAUAUAUUCUUGUGAUAGACAGAUGAAAUAAUUUAAUAAAAAAUAGUUUAUUUAAGGAUGAAAUAGUCCUAUCAUAAAAAAAUUCACACAUAUUUCUCCAUGUGAUAUAUUGGAUUAAAUAAUCCUAUCACGAACAUCGUACCAGAUUCCCCUUGUGAUACCCAUCCUGAUGGUGUUACUGAACCUGUACCUGUUUAUCGCCCCUUUGGUCAUCAAGCCCAGGCUGGAGUACGUCUACGUGGCCACUGGUCUGUUUGGUGGAAGCCUCGUUCUCUAUGUGCACUUUAUUUACCGGAGAUGGUCACUUCCGGGUUAUGGUGAGCUCCUUGUACCCAAACUAGUCUGAGGCUAGGAUAACAAAUUGCGUCCACUCGUGUCGUAAGAUCUUUUGUUUCUAUAAAGCUGUUGUUAGAGAGCAAUUUUGAUAAAAGAUGUUUAAAAAAUUAAAAUACAAAUGAAGAGUUUCCAUAUAAAGCCAUUGCUUUUAAAAGUUUUAGUAUUCAGAGAUUUGAUAAUAUAUAAUGUAGCAAAUAUUCUUGAAGUAACUUGUUAUGAAAAAAUCGCAUGACUAAAAAUAAUUUUGCCUCUAUAAAUUUCAGACAAAUUUGUCACCUGGUUUCAGCUUGUGUUUCAAGUAUGUCCGCCAGCUCAAUUUAUGGAAUAAAUCUUUUUUGUAAAACUAAACCUAAACAUUUUAUGCACGUGCGUGUCUAUGCAUGGGUCAGUAGGUCAGCCGUGUGAUUCAGGUAUGAAUUACAAUUAAGGAUUCUAUAAUGAUGUUACUCUCUCUUUGACUGAUGACCUAUAUGUGUUGCAUUUUUACAUUUUUACACUAAGUCUUCUCUCGGAAACACACCACUGAGACUAUGACUUUCAAUACAGAAAUAGACUUCAACGUUGCUCAAAAUAACUGUUCAUUUACUUUAGAUGCUUGUUGUAAUAUCACAGCGAAAAUGUAUGUCAGUGUUUCUUAAAGUCAUUGUUCUACGGGAUACAGAGAUGUUGACAACAUAAACAUGUAGAUAUCCAGAGAUGUUCAAAGUUAAAUUGUUAUGGUGGUUCAUACAUCUGUAGUUGACAUUUUUAGUUGUACGAGAUCCAAACGAUUUGAGAACCAGUGGUCUAUUACCAUGAAAAGAAACCACCCUGCCCAAUGGAGGAAAAAAAAAUGUGUUUUCGUCAAAGAAAAAUAUCAUUGUGACAAUUCAAACACAGUAAUAAGUUCAAGGUCAUUUUCAUAUCAGUUUUCAUGCGUUUAAGAUUAUGUCAGCGUAUGUAACUAUACACAUAUAGCUGGGGGGGGGGGUUCGCUUUUGUAUCGGUAACAAAAAUCUUAAAUGGAUUAAUAUGCAAUAAGAAUGCAGUGAUUUAAGAUUUAUUCUGAAUCAGGAUGAGCUGAUUUUUAUGACAACAUCAUCAGAAGACAUCGAUUCUUCCAAAGAAAUGAGCUGCCAUGGAGUUUGUUUAAAUACUAGUCAUAUAGCAGUGGCUUAGAACGCACCAUCAUUUUAUUGUGAGACCACUACCAGUUAAUAAGCUGAAAUUUCUCUCUAUGAUGAUAGCGAUCCACAUUCACGGAAUUUAUUUUCAAACUUUUCUAUUAGAAGAAACAAUGUUCUACAAUUUAAUAUUAUAAAAGAAUGAGCUAGGCUGACCAUAACGCCAAAGAAACAAUUUAAUAUUAUAAAAGAAUGAGCUAGGCUGACCAUAACGCCAAAGAAACGAGGCGAUUUAAAUACGUUCGCAAUCUUAAAAACGAUGAAAGUAUUUUCUUCUAUUUUACGGAAAUCGAAAACAUUUAAAUGCGCAAAAAUUAAACUAUAUCCCCUUUUAUUUAACAAAUGUAUAAGUAUAAUUAUAAUUAAUUAUAAAAAACAUAUAUUUUACCCUUCUAAAAAGUAAAAUAAUAAAUAUUGUAGAUUGUUUAUUUUUUUUAUUGUUAAUAAAAUACAACAAAAUU